CGCACGGAACGCAUUUUGAGUGCGCACACGCUCACUGAGCGAGAGGAGAGACAAUUCAUAAGAGAGCAGCGUAUAGUUGAAAGCGCGCGUCCAGUUUUGUGCACGAGCAAAGGAAAUCGGCGUGCGAGCGGAGAGAUUCGCGCGCUCGUAUGACAAGAAUGCGCUCUCGCCUUGUAAUAAUGCGCUCGCGACAUUUGUCAUUAUAAUAACGCCAUAAGAAGGCGGCAGAAACGCGAGGCGCCCGGCGCGCAUAAGCAGCGCGCAAAACGCCCCCUGCCAACUGAAAACAAUUCAAAAGAGGCCCGUCUCACAGCAAAAGACGUGUUCUGUCUGAUCAGGCCCUAAAGCACCUUUAUUUUUAAGUGUCUUGUUCAUGCUUGGCACACAAUCUUUGCUUUAGAUGCCAGCCAGUCUUUGGAAGAACAGAUUGAAAACGAUUCUCAACUUCUUGUUACAUGCGGGAAUAAAGAGGGUUGCCUGGAUCUGGAGAAAUUUGGUAAAAAGGAGAAUUGCAUCUUUAGUAAAGGGCGGUGGUUCAAACCCACAGAAUUUGAGAAGUUUGGAGGAAAAGAGAAAAACAAGAAGUGGAAGUACAGCAUCCUUUGUUGCGGUGUCCCACUCCAGAAACUCAUAGAGGAUAAACGUAUUUUAACCCCAAACUUUAAGAAAAGUAGAAUUCAAGUUGAACAGAGUAAUGGUUCACCUGGCAGACUCCGGGGAAUGAAGAGGAAUUCUUUUAAAUCCUCACGUGCUGCUCCUACAACCUCACGUGCUGCUGACAGAGCCAGAGAAACAAAGUCCAGGAAAAAGCGGUUUCCCUCCAGCUCUGAAUCAGAAAGAAAGUAUAAUGGCCACCAUGAGGACAAUGGCAACAACAACAAAGAGGAUGAAAUUGACAUGACGUUUCAGGGUCCCACCCUACCUGUUACCUGUGGAUCUCUAUUUGGCAUUCUACACAAAAGACGCUUUGCCACAGGGUUUUGUGGGAAAUGCAUAAGAACUGAGGAUUUCUGGCUGACCCCUGAAGAAUUCGUCAGAUUGAGCAAACAAGAUGGAGCAUGGAAAAAAGACAUCGUGACCCAUGGAAGGCCGCUCGGAAAACUUAUAAUGGAAAAGGUUUUGGAACUACAUGCACUGAACUGUGAAUGUGAUGUCUGUCUAAAACUGGAUCAAGACACAAAUGAUGAUGUGUGUAACAUGUGUGACUCUGAAGAAGAUCUGGUGUGCUGUGAUGAGUGUCCACGAGCUUUUCAUCCACACUGUCACCUGCCAGCUGUAGACGAAGACUCCGGAGGUCAAUGGUGCUGUACAUUUUGCAGGAUGAAGAAAGUUAAGGGGUCUACUCAAAAGACACGGCAGGAUGUUUUGAACAGUCCACUUUCUCAAUACAGACUGCACUGCCAGUAUCUGCUGUUACACCUGCUACACGAAGUUUCUGUCAAUAAGGACAUGUGUGAAACUCAAGGCGUGAAGCAGGAUUUGCAGAAUGACACUUAUCAAACAGUGGGAGAGUUUGUCACAGAUAUUGAACACAUUUUUCAACAUUGCACAUCCGUAGGGGAUGAUGACUUGAGUAGAAUGCAGCGUUUGUUUAAGAGGGAGUUUGAAACCAUCUUUAACCAUCUUUAAGCCACUAUAACAUUACGCCACAGCCAACAUUUCUGUUGUUAACUAAAGGAAAGUGUUUUGUUUGUUGUACAGAAAAAAAGAUAGUAAAGAGAUUUAGUUAAUGAUAGUAAAAAAGUUAUUGAUAAACCAUAUGGGGCUUGCACUAUGAGACUUGGUUUAUUAGCUGCGCCCACAUCAUAAACUAUACAAUCAUAUUUUUACUUGUCAAAAGGAUUUUGAAGACAUUUGAAACAAAUGGGGUAUAUGCACGUAUGUCCGCUAAAAUCUCAACCAGCUCUGUUACAUCCGGCGCACGUAGCGUCCAUAGGAAACAAUGGCGCUCGCUUCAAGAUGCACCUCGGAUUACAAUCAACGACGUGAGUCUUAUUCUCCAAACACUAUGUCAUACAUCGACAACCAAAAAGAAGCGAUUCUAUAUAAUUAUAAAAUAAAUAAUACGUAAAUAAACAAAAUUAAAUGGAAAAAGCCACAACUGUAGGGUAUAGUUUCGUGUUUUCUCAUGCAAGCAAAAUAAAUUUGAAAGUCAUUGAUGACAUAUAGGCUUAUUUAUAGACAUUUUAGGCUAAAAUAAAUUUUGAUUUCAAAAGGCCCCAGGGCUAGUUACCUCCAAAUGUGUGAAAAUAUACAUGGCAAUAAAUAAAUAAGAGGCUUGGAGACAUACACUGUCAAAAAUGAGUUGCUGCCUUAAAUGUUUAUGUUGAAUCAAAAUAACAAGUCAUUUCAACUUACAUUACAUUAAAUUGACUGAAAAUAUCAAGUUGAAUCUUGUAUAACUUGAAAAAAUGGUUAACUUAUUUUAAUAAAUUAAAGUAACAUAAAAACAAUGUUGCCAUGACUUGUUGAUCACAUCCUUUUAUAGUGUAUUAGCAGGGCCCAGUAACAGGAGUGCCAGGGAGCCCUCAUAGACAAAGAGCAAUAUAUUAAACAUAAAUAUUUGUAUAAGUUGUUGGGUUUUCUGUACCAAACUGGACAGUGCAACAUUGAAGCCCAGGGCCUCCCAGGCUCUUGCUAGUCAACUGGUCCCAUAUACCCGGUCGAUAAUCCAUCCCUGCUUUUACCCAUGCUUGAUAAACCUUUCAUGUGACAGUUGUAGCGGAUCAGCUAAUGUAACUGAUAAGUGUCAAUAUUGAUCAUGUAUUUUGUUGUUUAUGAGUUUGAUUGAGAUACUGUUUAGUGUUAAAAAAUCCAUCUU